AUGUCACCACCACUCAUUCUGUACGCCAUCCCUCCGCGCGAGGGCCACAUGCGCCCAGCCCUCCAGAUAAGCAGCCACCUCGUCUCGCGCGGGCUGGACGUGACCAUCCUGGGCGACGCAAAAUGGGGCCCCACCAUAACCGCCAUCGGCGCCCACCCCUCGCCCAUAAUCGGCCUCUGGGGCGCGAUGGAGGACUACAGCAAAUGGGGCGAGAUCAUCCGCGCGCAGACGGCCGAGGAGCGCCUGCGGAUCUCGCUCUCCGACGGGUUUGUAAGGCUGCUCCCCAGCGGGCUCGAGUCGGUGCGGCACGCGCUGGCCGGGAUCAGGGAGCGCCUCGGAGGCGGGGACGUAUUGAGGGGCCGGACGGUGGUUGUCCUGUCAGACACGUGUUUCUCGGGGACACUGCCGCUGAAGCUUGGGACGGACCUGCCGCAGGGGUACGAGGGCGUCAGCGUCAAGACCGUGGGCAUCGGUCUGGUGCCGCGGUUCUGGGCGGCUCCUGAGCGGCCGCCGUGGGGCAGUGGCCUGUCGUAUGAUGUGACUGAGAAAGGGAUCUCGCGGAAUCUGGAGGCUCAUGCGAGGAAGUGGGAUCAGACCGCCGAGGAUAGGGCGAGAUGGGUGCUCGGAGCGAUGAAUUGCAGCAAGUCCGUCGACGAGCUGUACGAAGAGUACGACAAAGGCUCGGCUGCUGUAAGACGGCCUUUCUGGGAUGCUUCGACGGUCUGCCACGACGUGGUUCUCCAGAUGGGGUUUCCGAGUUUCGAGUUCCCUGUGCCCAAUGAGCCUGCGCACCUGAAAUUCGCUGGCUCGCUGCCCCCAAAGCCGAUCCCUUCAGAUUUAGCGUACCCAGAAUGGUACUCGGAAGUACUGGAGAACAGCUCAAGCUCAGCUGCUAAGCCAGGACGGAAGAGGAUUGUAUUUGUGGCGCAGGGAACGGAAGUGUUGGACCACAGAGACCUGCUGAUACCAUGUGUGAAGGGCCUUGCAGGUCGGGAGGACGUACUGGUGAUUGCGGUGCUUUGUCAGAAGGGCGUAACUAUCGACAAACAUCUCAGUCUUUUUGAGGGCGCAAAAUUGCCUGAAAACGUCCGAGUCACCGACUACUUCCCCUACGAUGCAAUUCUUCCGCACGCGGACGUUUUCGCCUCGAAUUCUGGAUAUGGAGGUCUAACUCACGCUGUGGCUCAGGCUGUGCCGGUGGUACAGGCUGGAGAUGUUUUCGACAAGCCUGACAUUGGUAGAAGGGUUGAGUACUCUGGUUUGGGUGUGUUUCUUCCAACUUCACCCCCGACUCCGGAAGCCGUAGCUGCGGCCGUGGAUGAAGUUCUGGCCCAGGACAAGUACAAGAAGAGAGCUCUCAAGGUCGCCACGGACAGGCUCGCCCGGCAUGGGACGGAGGGGCCGGCAAGUUCAAAUGAGACUGGCUGGGAGGGCCCUAAGCACUGCGUGAGAGAGUACUGUGUUUACUCCAACCGAAAAUUCGCAGGAGGCAUCACGGUGAUCACAACAGCCGACAAUGCGAAGCGGAUAGCAGAGAUCCCUGAGAUCACCACGGCGAGGAGUGGGCCGCCACCUUUCUUUGCUACUGAGGUGCCGGGCAAGGGGACCGGGCUUGUCGCAAACCGCACGAUCAGGCGUGGAGAGGUGAUCAUGACCUGGCAGCCGAGCUUCGUGAUACAUCGUCGCUUGCCGGACGACCUGAGCCAAGAGGAACAGUAUCGCGUACUGGAUGCCGCACUGCUCAAGCUGCCAGCUCAGCGGAGACGGGCCUUCUUGAAACAGCUGGGCCAGUUCGGCGGGCACCGCGUCAGCGACAUCCUGUUGACGAACUCAUUCCAGAUGGACGUUGGCGGAGAGGGAGGUGAAGAGGAGGGCCGUCACCUUUCGAAUUUCCCCGAUGUGAGCUUGUACAACCACGACUGCCGGCCAAACGCAGCAUUCUACAUCGACGACCGCCUGACGCACCACACGCACGCGGUUCGAGAUAUCGCCGCCGGUGAGGAGCUCACGUUGACGUACAUGAACCCGUUCGAGACGUUCGCGGCGAGGCAGGCGCACAUCCAGCAGUCGUGGGGGUUCAGGUGCACGUGUCAGCACUGCACGAUGGCCGAGGACAAAAUUCGGGAGUCGGACGCGCGAUUGUACGAGAUCGACGAGAUGGAGGCAGAGCUUGGCAACUUUGCGAGCGCGAAGGCGUCUGUUCAGAUGGUGGAGCGGCUGCUGGAGGUGUAUGAGCUCGAGAGAUUGGACGUCAAGGUGCACGGCGCGUAUGUGCUCGCGGCGUUGAAUUACAACUUGUUCGGCGAUGCGAAGAAGGCGAAGAAGUACGCCAAAUUGGCGGUCGAGACGGGAAUUGUCGAGUUCGGGCCUGAUGUAGACGACGUCGCAGCGAUGAGGGAGCUGGCGCGAGACCCGAAGGCUCAUUUUACCUGGAGGAAGCGGGUUUGA